AUGUGCGGCCAGGCACCGAAGAAGCCAGUCGUUGCCGACCCUCCACCGCCGCGAGGCUCAUGGCAGCGGCCGCUCCCGAUCAACAACGUGCCGCGGUACCAUGGACCCAUCCACCCCAGUGAUGACCAGAUCGAGGUUUUCGCUGGGAUGGCGCCGCGUGACUUCGAUGCCAUCUCCGACGGCUGGCAUCCGCGCGGCAUCCGCGGCUCCGGCCCACCAGCCGAGGACGGCCCAGACAAGGAGAAGUACGACAAUCUCAUCAAGCAGCUGGAGGACAUGGCUAAUGACCUCGGCUAUGGCGGGGGUGCAGCUACUGCUGGCGGGCUCGACCGCGCCGUGCCGCUCGACAUGGAGCUCGACAGUCCGCUCGGCGACAACUCCUUCAUCACUGAGCUGGAGAGCAAGCACGGCAUCAAGCAUGAGCUGGCCACCAGCAUCUUCAAUGAGGCUAAGGAGCGGCUCGCGAAGAAGGGCACUUCAGGCGGGGUGGCCAUGAUGACGGCUGCCGUUGGUCUCAGCGAGCUGGAGGUCACUCCAGCAGAUUUUGCGCCAGGUCGGGUUGUGGUGCUUCACUGCGGCGGCUUGUGUGCAGGCGGCUUCCUAUGGAUUGGCGUGUAUCUGCAUCACAGUAUUGGACUGGCAGCGGCGAACUGGUCCAUACUAUGCAAUAUACGCAACGUGGUAAAGGAGUUCAACAUGCCCUUCGUCAUUCAAGGUGAUUGGAAUAUCGUUCCAGAGAUUUUGAGAGGCUCUAAGUGGGUUGACAGCUUGGACGCGGUGAUCCUGGCCCCGCAAGAUUGGCAGCAGCGCUGGCAGCAGUUUCAGGAGGCAGCACCGCGCACUGACGUACCAGUGCAUGGCAUGUGGGCGUCUUUCAUCGGCCUGGUCGAGCAGCAGUUUCUCGACAUCUACCAAAUCGACCCUCGGCAGGUUCUGUCAGAGCUCGCCACCUGGGUGGCCAAAGUUGGGCCCAGCAUGGUGGCGAUCGACUCCAUCCAUGUCUCCCAGCGGCGCGAGGCCCACAGCGAGGCCCACGGGGAGCCCUCCGAGAUCCACAGGGCGCAGACCGAGCUCAGCGGCCUCUCGCCCGAGGAGUGCGCGGCCGUGGCUCGCGAGGUGGAGGCCGUCGCGCCAGACGUUGCCGUCGCGUCCAAGGCGCCCUUCGCGCCGAUGCGGCUCGCCGCGACGAUGGACCGCGCCAUGCGCAUUUGCUUCGCUCUGCAGGCGAAGCUGGAGGAGGCGUACGCUGGGGUGCCCGCCCUGGGGAAGGCCCUCGGUAUCGACGAGCACGCGUGCUCGGUCUUCGUGGAGGCGGAGCUGCGCGCCUCCGUGCUGUUCCAGGUCUCGAAGCUUGCGCAGCUGGCCCUGCAGCAGGCCAAGGCGCUGGCGGGGCUGCCGCUCUGGACGGCCAUAUCCCGCUAUGCCUGCUCGGCGCUCCUGUUCCCAGCGGCCACGGCGGGCGUGGUGGUCUUCUGCGAGGAGGCGAGCGGCGACGAGGAGGCCGGAGUGCCUUAUGGUUACAGUGCUCCUUUCGCGGAGCAGUUCUCGGGAAACCAUGCCGAGAAGGCGCCUUUCAGGCCGGGCAUGAGGAGGCGGCUGAACGGCACGGCGGUCUGCAUCUCGGUCUUGGCGCCCUGGCUCCUGUUCACCGUGGUGCUCGGACUGCUGAGCUUCCCCGUCCACUACAACAAUCCUGGAGCGGUCUAUCUUGCAGUAGUGCUUUGUUUUGCGGCCGUCGCCUGGGUCGCGUUCUACGCGUACAUCCACAGGACGACGCGGAGUCACUCCCCCGAGCACGAACCUAGUUGGCUGUUCUUCCUCACGCUUUCGCUGGCGCUCGCGUGGAUGCUCGGCAUCGCCAUGGGCUACCUCAACUACAUCACGAACACGCUGCCGUACCAGCAGAUGACGCACCUGAACAGCUACUCUGAUGUGGACCCUGGGCUCAUGCGAGGCGCACAGCUCAUGGACGCGGGCAGCGUGAUGUUCGCCGAGGGUUCCAUGCUCGACCUGAACAAGUCCAUGGGCUUCAAGAACCAGGAGGUAUACUGCGUUGCGCCCAUCGUUAAGGGAAGCGGGGAGCGGGCCACCUACGACUUCUGGGCCAUCGGCAUAGACUGCUGCUCAGGA